AUGGGAUCUACUCAAAGAGAAAACCUGGCUGACACGGUUUUCACCUUGAACACAGGCGCAAAGAUUCCCGCGCUUGGUUUGGGAACAUGGCAAUCUGCUCCAGGGGAAGUCAGUGCAGCAGUUGCACACGCGAUCAAGACGGGUUACAGACAUAUUGAUUGUGCAUGGUGCUAUGGAAACGAGGACGAAGUCGGCCAGGGAAUCAAAGAGGGCCUUGAAGCCACAGGGCUUAAGAGGAGCGACCUCUUUAUUACGACCAAGCUGUGGUGCACAUACCACACUCGGGUAGAAGAGAAUCUGGAUUUAAGCCUGAAGUCUCUCGGUCUCGAGUAUGUCGAUUUGUACCUCAUGCAUUGGCCAGUUGCCAUGAAUCCAAACGGCAACGACCCAAAAUUCCCAAAGAAGCCUGAUGGAUCAAGAGACCUGGACCUGGAGCGGAAGCCAGCUGCCACUUACAAAGAGAUGGAGAAACUGCUGCAAACUGGCAAAGUCAAGGCUAUCGGUGUUUCGAAUUUCAGCAAAAAAUUCCUCGAGCAGCUCUUGUCGGUAGUCGACGUGGUUCCCGCCGCGAAUCAAAUCGAGAACCACCCCCUACUUCCACAACAAGAAAUUGUCGAUUUCUGCACGGAAAAAGGCAUCAUUGUGGAGGCAUACUCACCACUUGGCAGCACAGGUAGUCCACUGUUGAAAAACGAGAGUGUAACUAAGGUAGCCGAGGAGACAGGUGUCAGCCCGGGGACUGCUCUGCUCAGCUACCACGUCGCAAGAGGCGUGCUUGCUCUACCGAAAUCUGUCACACCAGCAAGAAUUGAGCAAAACUUCAACGUUGUCAAACUGACUUCUGAGCAGCUAUCAGCACUUGAGAGCGUCUCCAAGGCUGGCACGCAGCGCAUUGUAUAUCCGCAGUUCGGCAUCAAUUUUGGCUUCCCUGACAAGGACUACGGUGCUCCUCACUCUGCUGCUUGA